CUCCCGUCGUCGUUGCUGACGUGUCUGCUCCCUCCCCGCCGCCGCCGGCCCCUUCCAACAUGGCUGCAGCCCUGCCGCCGGACCCCCGGCUGCUCCUUGCCCUGCUGCUGCUCCUGCCCCCGCCACCCUCCCUCCUCUGCGCCGCCGCUGGGCCCGACCUGAGCCGCCGCUUCGCCGAGCGCAAGCGCUGCGCCGACCCCGAGUGCAGCAUGUUAAUGUGCCGAGGGAAGGCAACACAAGAUUUUAAAGGUCCGGACUGUCGCUUCGUAAAUUUUAAGAAGGGAGAAGCAGUAUAUGUAUAUUACAAACUAAUAGGAAAAUCAACGGAGCUCUGGGCUGGAAGUGUUGGAAGUGAUUUUGGAUAUUUUCCAAAGGAUUUGCUUGAAAUAAACCAUAAUUAUUCUAAUGAGGAGCUAGAGUUACCAACAGACGAAACAGACUUUGUUUGUUUUGAUGGUGGAAGGGAUGAUUUUGAUAAUUACAACGUGGAUGAGCUUUUGAAGUCAUUGCAAGAGACAACAGCAAAUGAAGGGGCAACUGAAUCAAGUGAUCCAGGGACGCAACCAGCUGAAGGAAUUGAAAGGGAUCAGGAUAUUCAACAGGUUGAUACAGUAGAGUCCCUUGAUGUUGUGAAGUCAGACAAUCUUGCACUAAGCACAGAAGACGAGGAAGCUCUCACCAUGACUGAGGAAAUAGACAGUCCUCUUAAAAGAGGAACUGAAAAUACUGGGGGAGACUCCAGUGUCAGUAGUUACAAAGAAAACUCUCAGGGAGAUCAAAUUGCACAUGAGCACUUGAAAGGAACGCUACAUGGGAAACUACAAGGGCUAGAAAGUGAAAAUACCAAAAACAGUAGUAUUCCUCAGGGUGAAACCAGCCAACUUGACAAAGAGAAUGAAGAAGUUAAUGCCUAUACACUUUUAAACAGAGAGCUCUCUGUGAACUUAAAAACAAAAUUUGGCUCAACUGCUGAUGCUGUUGUAUCAGAUGAUGAAGUGACUCGCCUUGUUACAUCUCUGGAAGAUGAUUUUAAUGAAGAUUUGAGCACUGGUGCUCAUGAUGCAGAGGAGGAGCCAGGCUUUGCAGAUCAGUCUGAAGAAAUCCCUUUGCUGUCUUUUACAGCAGAGGAAGAAAUUACAUCCCCAGUAGAUUUAGAAAAUGACCAAAACAUUGAGUCACAAAAUCAUGGGGAUGCAAAGGGUGCUAUAGAGCUAAAUAACCAAAGAGACAAUGAUGAAGAACCUGAUUUGGAUGCAUUAAUUCAUAAGGAUGCCUUCAGUAAAAGCAAGAAGUCAGGUGACAGUGUAAGUGUGGACAGGUCUGAAUCUAAACCAACAAAAGAGAAACUUUUUGAUGUGGUGAUAAUUAAUAAAAGAGAAGCACCAGCAGCAACUCAACCUGAGGAUCUCUCCAAAGAACUCCUUAAGAAGGGACCUGUAGGUACAGGUGAUCUGGAUUCAAAAGAAAAACCAAACAAAACUGAACAGUUUGAAGAGCAGCUUACAGGUGAUGGAACUGAGCUGAAGAGUACAGCUGUGCCUGAUCCUCACGUUUUGCCUAGUCCAGGAGAUGAUCUUAACUCCAAAUCUUUCUCUAAAAGCAGGCAAGAUGUUUUAAAACCACCUGUUGGUGAUACCAACAAAAGUCCAGAAAGAAUGCUACAUUCUCAAAUGGAAAUUGAGAAAAAUGAGAAAGAAUUUGAGGAUGACUCUUUGGAAGAGGUCUUGGAAACUGAUUUAAAGCACAAAAAGUUAUGGGAGAAAACAAAGGAGAAAGGAGGAUCUGAGAAUAAGCCUUCUGUUGAUGUUUCAGCCAAACCAAUGGAAGAAGUAAAAAAUGCAUCUCAAAGUGACCCAGGAGAUACUGACCUCUUGAAAGAGAAACUGGAGCACGGAAUGCCUGAUGUGGAGAAAGAACUUCUAAGACACAGUGAAGAUUUAAGACAAACAGAGGAGGCAGAUCAUGAAAAUCAGAAACACAAUUCAUUUAACCAAGAAUCUGAAAUAAAAAGGGGAAACAUGAAAGACACCCCUGCAGGGGAGCAAGGCACAAGCCACAGAGGAGCUGUUGAGCAACUUAAACCAUGGGAAAAUGAGACUGAGUAUUCAGAUGCAGGUAUGAAAGAAGGGCUUUCAAGAAAUGUUAGCAAGAUGACAGUACAUGAAGAUAGCACUGAGAAAAGUUCUCCUGAAGAAAAAGCCAAAAGCAUUACACAGAAUACUAAUACAGAGAAUCUUACUCAGCAAGGAACUGCUCCUACUGAGGAUGCAGAUUCCGACAGAGAUCUUGGCACAAAUUUAUCUAAAGAAAAACCACUAAGGUUGGAACUUAAAUCUGAAGAGCCAGAAACUGAAGAUGUUCCUGACCUGAAACAAGUAGAGGAAGAGCUACUGGAAGAUGAGAAUGCUGCAAGUGCAAAGCUGUCACAAGCAAAGGCUACAAAUGUACAGGAUGACACACUAAAUGUUAAAAGAACAAACCCUGAAAUAGAUGUACUAAGUGAAGGUGUUUUGGGAACUGCAAAUCCUACCUACAAAACAGGAGAGGAAACAAGCUCAUUUUCUAAUGAGGCUAAAAGGAUGAUCAGCAUCCAGGAUGCAAGCGAGACAGGAAACAAAGACAUUGACAUACCAGUGAGUGAUGAUGCUAAAUUGCGUGAGAUGGAACAUGUCAUGGGACAUCAUGAAUAUUCUUCUGAAGCUGAGGAACCAUCAGCUGUGGAGGAAUAUAAUUUCCAAUUUCCUGAUACUGAAGACAACAAUUAUUUUAACCAAAGGAAAGAUCCUCUUCCAGAGGGCAUUUCACAGAAAGACUUGAGAGAGGUGCAAAAUUUAGAGCAUGCAAGCAGUGGCCACCAGCAAUCUACACAUUUCCCCAGCCCUGCUGACAGCUCCACAGCCCCAAAUGACACUCUGACAGACUUCAGUGAGUCUGUGAAGCAGCUCACAAUAAUGAGAAAUUUUCUUGAUGAAAAGCGUGUGCUUCGUCUACAAAAGUACCUGGGGCAUCAAGAGGUGGUUAGGAUAGAAGCCAUGUUUCAUGAUAUGAAAGUAGAGAUGGAGCUUGCUCAGAAGGUGAGCCGUAAUAAUGAAGAUACAGAGAAAGCCUUAGACCAGAUACUUGAGUUUUCAGAAUCAAGCAUUAUGGAUGUUGUGGGAAAAGUUCUGGAUUCCAGAGUGGGAGAAAAUAAGGAGGAGGUGGUGAAAGAAAUGGAUUUGUAUGAUGAGGAGAGUGCACUGAUGGAUGAUAUUCAAGAAUUAAUAUAUUCUUUAAGGAGUAAAUAUUCAUCUGCUAGUGAGAGUGUUCCACUUGCAUCUGUUCCAGAACAGGAAGAUGAUCAGCUGCACGUUCAAGCAGAACCUGAAUAUGAUGGAGUUUCCAUCAGGAACCCAAUUGCCAUUGAUGAGAGCAGUCAGGAAUUUCAGCAGCUUGAAGAUGAGAGACCAGAACAGCUUGUUGAGGAGGAGGAAGAGAGGGCUGCUAGUGUUCCACCUGAACACAAAGAGGCCAACUUCUCAGAUAAUGGAGAAGCUGAAGAAGGGUACAGUAGUGAAAGAGGACCACUGCUGGAAGAUAUUUCCUUCGGCUCAGUUGAUUCAGGACAGAGUGCUAGGGAAGACACUGCUGCAGACCCGGCCGAGGGCGGUGGGCUGCCCUCAGGAAACGGGGCGGAGGCAGAGGCUGCGUCCCGGGGAACCCUCGGCGAAGCCGGUGCGGCUGCAGCUGCCCGGGCGCUCCUGCUGCGGUUGAUUGCUAUCUUGCCUGAGGAAAUUCGUCCUGGGCCUGAUUUCCAUGGACUUCCAUGGGAGCCUGUUGUUAUCACUGCCUUAGUGGGAAUUGCCACACUUGCUAUAAUUUUCUGGAGAACCUGCCUUUCAGUAAAGAGUAGAAUAUAUCAAGUGACUGAAAAGCAGCUUGCUGAAAAGAUUAAAAACCUUCUGCAAGAAAAAACAGAAAUCUUAGAAAAGAUAUCAGAAUAUGAUGAGAAGAUAAAGAAAGCAAAGGAAUCUGUGAAAGUGGCCCAAGAACAAAAAGACAUUCUCUCUGAUGAAACUGCAGGGCUUAAGGACAUGGUCAAAGAACUGGAAGAAGCAAAUCAUAAGCUAGAUGACAAAGUAAAAAAUCUGCACACAAUGCUUCAAACGGAAAGAAAAAAGAAUGAGAAGAAACAGAGCAAGAUCUCUGAAACCCAGAAGUCCUUGGAGAAACUUCAAGAGGUUAUCAGUGUGCAUUCUACAGAACUUUCAGAGGUUCAGGUAGCCCUUAAUGAAGCAAAACUAAGUGAAGAAAAAGUGAAAUCUGAGCUUCAUCAUGUGCAGGAAGAGAAUGCUAGGCUGAAAAAGAGCAAGGAGCAACUGCUCAAAGAAGCUGAAGGUUGGAGUGAGAGGCAUUCUGAGCUCACUGAGCAGAUCAAACUGUAUCAGCAGUCUCAGAAGGACAUAGAAGAAGCACUUGCCUACAAGGAAAAUGAAAUUGAAGUUUUAACUAACUGCAUUAUGCAGCUGAAGCAGCUUGACAUGGAUUUAGUAUCCAAGGACAAAAAGGAUGUUGAGGGGUGUGAAUGGAGCACAGAAGAUGAUCUGGCCAACGGAGAGCUGCCAGAUAAUGAGAGUGAGAAGAUGAAGAUCCAGAUUAAGCAGAUGAUGGAUGUCUCCAGGAUAAAAACUAUGUUAUCCAUAGUUGAAGAAGACAGAAAUCUUCUGCAAUCCAAACUGAGUGAUGAAGUAACAGCAAGACAUGAGCUGGAAGAGCAAAUAAAAAAAUUAGAACAUGACUCCUGUUCACUCAAGUCAGCCAAGGCUGACCUGGAAAACGAAUGCAAAACACUACAGCAGAAAGUGGAGAUUCUUGGUGAACUUUACCAGCAGAAGGAGAUGGCACUCCAGAAAAAACUAACUGAGGAAGAAUAUGAGCGUCAGGAGAAGGAACAGAAAUUGUCUGCUGCAGAUGAAAAAGCAGUGCUGGCCAUCGAGGAAGUGAAAGUUUACAAGCAAAGGAUCCAAGAUAUGGAAGAAGAAUUGCAAAAAACAGAGAGAUCUUACAAAAACCAGAUUGCUGCUCAUGAGAAAAAGGCACAUGACAACUGGCUUAUUGCCCGCUCUGCUGAGAGAGCUCUGGCUGAAGAAAAAAGAGAAGCAGCCAACCUGAGACAAAAAUUAAUAGAAGUUAAUCAAAAAAUCAUCAUGCUUCAAAGACCGUUGAUUGUAAAGCCAACUCCAGGCAGACCAAAUCGCCAAGUCCCACCACGACGAGGGCCCUUCAGCAGAGAUGGCUCUUUUGGCCCUUCACCAGUGAGCGGAGGAAAUCCAUCACCCACACAGAUGAUAGAAGUUCCUGCUCGGCCCCUUUCAGCCCCUCGAAGGGAAGGCUCAAGAGGUGAAUUUGAUGCCCCUCCAGCUCCACGAAGGCCACCAGAGUUACCAAGCAGGAUGUCUGUUCCUGAUCUUGGGCCUGCUGUAGCAUCCCUGAUCAAUAGUGGGCCAAGAACCUCCUCUCCUUCCACAGCAGUGGAAAUGGAUGGAGUGCAACCCUCUCCCAAAGAGCCUGAAGCCCCCUGUGUAACUACUGAUUCACCUUCAUCUAUUGAAGCUACAGCUACUGCUAGUCCCAAAGGCCCACCGUCUUUCCCUGGGACACCUAUCAUGACCUCCCCAGUGAUGGGACCUCCACCUCCACUGCCAGUUCGCUACGGGCCGCCACCAGCUCCUCUCCGUGGGCACUUUGGGCCUCGACCUCUUCCCGCGCCCCUAGUUCGUGGUGCUCCCUUGCCACCUCCAGCUGCAAGAGAUUUCUUACCUGGCCCACCCUUAGGAAUGAGAGAUCUGCCUCCUGGGCCACUGCCACCUCCUCCAGAUCCAAGAGGCUAUUCCCGUGGGCACCCUCCUUUCCGACCCUUAGGUCCUCCUGGCCCGAGGCAUUAUCCUGCAGGCCCUCGGCUACCCCCACCUGGUUCAAGAGACUAUAUGCCUUCUCCUAGCAGAGACUUGCCUCCAGCAGGACCCAGAGACUUUCCUGCAGGCCCCGCGCCACUGCCAGCAGACUCAAAGGACAGCACGCAGCCUCCAGUGCAGAAACCCUAAGUGCAGCCUCUGGUGAGCAGCUCGGCAGAACAGACUCCAGUGCACUUCCCAGCAGUCAGGAUUUUAGGAAAUGGUUCUUCAAAGCCAGUUGUCUCAUUACAGUAUAUUUCAGCUUUUGCAGGAUUAAUUUUUAUCCAAUUGCUACAGAUGUGCAUUUAUGAUCACCUUAAACUUAUCCAUCCUCUUGGGCUGCAAGAACCUUUUUGUGAUGGACUUGAACCUACUCUAAACGUGCAAUAGAAAGGAAGUACCUGUGUGGAUAGUUCUAAUUAAAUGUAGCCUUUGUAAACAGUUGGUGAAUGAACUAAUUUCAUGAAAAGUAUAAAUCAAAUCAUUUCCUGUGGAAAUAAUUUUAAAGUAAAAUGCUAUCCUAUCUGCCUUCUCCAUCACAUCAUUAUGCUGCAGUUGUUGUAGGUGAGGGGUUUAGAUGAGGACUAGGAGGUGGUUUGUUUUUUUCAUGGUUUUUUUUUAGAAAGAUGUCUGGUCAGAGAUCAGAAGCACAAGUGACACUGUAUUAAAAGGAAAGUUGCAAUAAAAAGCAAAAUUCCUUUUGCUAAACCCUGAA